AUGGAGAAGACGAUGGAGAAGGCGAUGGAGAAGACGAUGGAGAAGGCGAUGGAGAAGACGAUGACGAUGAGGAUAGCGAAGGAGAAAAGAAACAUCAGGUUCGAGUACGAACUGGACAAAAUGAAAAAGAAAAAAAAAGACAACGUGUUGAUACUAAACAUUAUUAACAGCAAAAUAAAUUACAUUUGCUACAUUUUGAAAAGUGACUACAGAGACAUGAUUAAUGACGUGAGCUACGAAAAUAAAAGCGCCCUUGAAAUUUGCUUCUAUUACUGUAAGGCGUAUAUCACAUUCCUAGUGCUCUACUAUCCCUACAUACACAAUUACGUGAAGUGCCUGCGGAGUAACAACCUCAGGAUUUAUAAAAAUUUUUACAAAUGCAUUUUAAAUUUGCCAAAUAAUUUUUGUUCCCUCUUGUUUAAAUUAAAAAUUGUGGACGAAUUGAAGAGAAGGGAUGCACUUAACUCCAGCAAUGAUUAUUCCCAUAUGGGGAAUGUUGGCGGCAGCGGGGGUGCCCCCCCUGCGCUGCUUCAGCUCAGCAGGGCCAACUUCUUCGAUGCCUUCUCGAAAGACAGUUAUAUAAAAAUUUUAUUUUCUCGCAUUUACGUGAGGAAGUACCACAAGCGGAUUUUCAAGAUCCUCAAGAUUGUCCUUUUUUACCACUCCCUGCCGGUGUUCUCCUUUUCGCCCAAGUUUUUCCGAACCUACCAUGGGGGAAAAAGGAGGGGGAGGAAGAGGCAGCUUGGCGAAAAGGAUGCGCCGGAGGGGGGGGAGCAGCAGAAGAGGGAGCAGCGGAAGAAGAAGGAAAAGAAGAAAGAAACGAGGAAGGAAUCGAAAAAGGAAGCGAGAAAGGAAGCGAGAAAGGAAGCGAAGAUGGAGGACCCCCAGAAGAGACCACCAUUCAGGAGGAGGUACUUUAAGACGCCCCUGUUUAAACACGUGCAGGUGCCCCCCAUCUACCUGGACGACUACGACAGCGGAAGUGGAAGCGGUAACGGAAGCACCAAACUGCUGGUGAAAAAAAAACUCGUAAAGGUGAGGAAGAAAAAAAAAAAAGGAGGAGACAAAGCAGAAGACUCCUUUCCAUCAGACAGCAGUGGAAGUGUAAGCAGUGAAAGGAGUCUAAGCUGUUUAAGCGACUCGGAAGAGGAGAGAGAAGUGGACGCCUUCUUGAGACAAGAAGUGGAUGGCCCCCACGAGGAGGAGAGCGGUGGGAUAGCUACAAAGCAUAGUAACGUUGGUGAGUCUACGUCGGAGGGGGGCCACCCCAAGGGGAUCUGCACACAUCAGGACAGCAUCCCUUUUAUGGAAUCUACUCAAAAUGAUCCCCCAUCAGGUGCCCCUACCCGAGAAAGAAACAGCACCUUCGAGGCGUUCGCCCCGAGAAAGGGUCCCCCCCCCCAGGGACCAUGCAUGAAAGAGAACUUCCUCGAAUUUGUCCUGCACGAAAGGAGGAAAAAUAAAUCGAAAAAGGAGAUGGAAUAUACGUAUGGAAGUUACGUCCUGAAGGAUAUACAGAAGUAUCUACGGCAGGAGAGGAGAAGAGGACCACCGAGGGAGGGGAAAAAAAAUUACCUGCAUGAAGUGUGGAAGAACCUAAUCGACUUUGACGAAACGGAUGAUAAUAAAAACACGCUCAUACAUAAGGCUUGCUUAGUUUCCAACGCGAAAAUGAUUUUUUUACUCCUAAAUUUGAACGUGAAUUUGAUGAUUUACAAUGACAAGGCGGAGUUGCCCGUGCACUGUACUCUGUACAAUUGCGACGCGUAUCUUUUUCUCCUGCUGCUGCAUAAUACGGUUGAAUAUCUUUUUUUCUUCUACCUUAGCGCGUACAGUGGGGGGGCCUCCAAGGGGGUUCUUCCCACGGAGGGGCCCCCAAACACGGGGGAUGCCAAGCUGGACGACCCAACGUUGAAGCGCGAGUUGGAGGAGAAGCAGACCCCAGUGAACGAGGCACACAUGAACGCGGCGCCGGAGGAACGCCCCGCGGGGAAGCCAAAUAAGCGGCGCGCCAAAUACACAAGGAACGGCUUCUUUUACCACAGAAAAAUUAACGGCGUGUUUGUCACCUCCGUUGUGAAACUGUACUUAAGCAUAAUGGUGAAAAUUAUCGAGUUGGGAAAUUUUGAAUUUUUAAAAAUCCUAUACAAUUACAAUGAGGAGAUUUUCUGUUACAUUUUGCACAGGAGGGACAUGUGCUACUUCCUCUGCUCGUUCGCCUCGAUGUACAACUGUGUGAAUGCGUUUGUGAGGCACUGCGGUGGGGUGUUGCGGUGUGAGGCGUGCGUAGAAAGGGGGAGUAGGAAAAGGAAGAAGGUGGAGGCGGCUCGAGGGGGGGAGCAAACCUUCGUGGUGCGGAAAAGCAGGCAGGGGGGUGCGCAGCUGGAAGGUGGGCACACCCCACACGUGGAAGACGACGGUGAAGAUGAGAAGCGCAUCCCACACGUGGAAGCUCACAACGUGGAGAGGGGAAGAGCCAGGUACCUCCCGGUGGAGAAAAAAAUCGACCGGCAGAAUGAAGUGGAAAUAUUUUACUCAAACGAAUGCGCCAAGCACAUCUUCGUGCCGGAGCCGAGCGACCACCCCUACGUGAGGAACAAAAUUAAAACGAACAUCCCGGAAAACUCCAGCAGGCUAGAUGUCCUAAUAUCGAAUAAGCACGGCAUACUGAAGCUGAACACGUUCGUCAAUUUUAAGCUGAAGAGGGUGGAGAGGAAAGCGACGGCCAACGACAUUUUGAGGGUUCACGAAAUUUCGUACCUCAAAAUGUUGCUGAGGAGGGUAAAGAGGUGCCACUUGAAUGAGGGCGAUGGGGUGAGUGCGUGCGGCGAUGCCAACCCUUACGAUAAUUUUCUCGAAAACGCGAAGAGGAAUAAGAAGAACUACCUCGCCAUCUCAUCUGACGAUUUGAACGGAAGUGCCAGCUUUGCUCUGUCAGACCAUAUGGACCUUUUAAGGAGCAGCGAAAUUAUUAGCGGCGUUUGCGAAGCGGGGGCAAGCGAAUGUUUGGAGGGCUCCAAUGAGGUGGGCAGUGAGUGCUUCAAUUGGGGCGCUCCCUGGGGGGAUAAACCAACCGGAGGAGAGGCAACCUCCACGGGGAGGAACACCACCAAAGUGGGCGAAAAAGAAGUGGAAAUGCCAAGUCAAAGCCUCAGCACAGAUACGAAGGAAAACCAAAACGCAGGAACACGUGUGCAGAGCAAAAAAUGGAACAACGCAAAUAGCGGAAAAGACAAAAUAGACAAAUUAAUUCUCCUAGACAAUGACACGUUCGUCAAUAAGCACUCCUUUAACUGCGCGCUGAAUGCCAGUGGAGUAGUUUUAAACGCGGUGGAUUACAUACAUAGGAAGAGGAAGAAAAAAAAAAAAAUUUUCUGUGUUGUUCGCCCUCCCGGUCAUCACCUGGGAACAUACGGCGCAGCUCAAUUUAACCUAACGGAUGAAGAUAGAGCAGCAGGGAGUCAAGGAUUCUGCUUACUAAAUAAUAUAGCCAUCGGGGUGUCCUACGCAAAGUACAAAUACGAAAGGUUCGAACGUAUUGCCGUGAUCGAUUUUGAUAUCCACCACGGAAAUGGAACGGAGCAAAUAAUCCGAAACUUGGGAUUAAAAAAAAUAAAAAUUAAUGAGUACGUUGAUAUAUACAGUUGGAAGGGGUGGAAGGAUAAGAAUGACAGAAAGAACAUCUUCUUCAGCUCCAUCCACGCAUUUGAUGGGUACUUUUACCCGGGCACAGGUGACGACACCGUUGAGUUGGAACCCUACAUCAUUAAUGUAACUCUCAAGAAAAAUAUGAACGAACAGAAUUUUCUAGAGUUAUUUCACGACAAGAUAUUAAUUCAUUUGUUUCAUUUUCGACCGAACCUGCUCUUCCUUUCUGCUGGUUUUGAUGGCCAUAAACUUGACUUUGUGAACAACGGAUUUGUGAAGAAGAACACGUCCACGUACUUUCACAUGACCAAUUUGAUUUUGUCUCUUCAGAACAAAUUGCGCUUUCCCAUCAUCAGCGUCCUCGAGGGAGGCUACAACACGUCCAAUGACAUGGCAUCCGUUUUUAGCCUGUCCGUUUUGGAGCACCUGCUGUCGUUCUACUAUAGCGAUGCGGUGUUUGUGGGGAGAAGCGGAGGAGGUCACAUAGCGCAGCGCAAAGGAAGUCACUUCGAUCAGGGCAAAGGAAGUGACCCCACUCGGCGUACCUGCACAGCGAAUGAAACCAACAGGCAGCGGGCCAAACGAGGAGGCACCCUGAAAUUCCCACACAUCUGCUUGGGAAAGAAAAAAAUGGAUGCCAUGUUUAAAAAAUAUUUUACCGUUUUUAAAGAAAAGACGAGGGAAACUGAAAAUUUGAACUUAACCAAAUGUGUGAGGGAUUACGAAAAUUAUUUGAAGCUUUUUGAUGGGAAACAAAACGGAGUGAAAAGGAAAGUGAAUUCUUUUCUUGCAAAACAUAAGAGACACUUUGAUAGUUUGCUUUACCAACGGAGGGCUCUCCAUUUUCGCAACGUGGGGCAGAUUUCCCUGCCUUUUGAGGCCUACUUUUACCAAGUUAUGGGUCACUUUAAGAUUCUCCUCGAAGGAAGUGAAGUCGCCAAACUGGGCGCGGGGGAGCCGUCCGCCAGCUCGCGGGAGUACUUCUCCGUGCUGAACAGCCUUUCCGACCUGCGCGAUUGGGAGCCGUCCUACGUUCAGCGGUAGGGGGAGAGCCGCGCUCGCUGUUGAUCAGCUAAGCA